UAGCCACUGCAAAGGCUUCUCCUGCUGCCAUGGAGACGCUCCGCCCCCAUAAACAGCUUCCGCUGCUGCCAUUGGUCAGCACGUCUCCAAGGAGACCGCGGCCCUGGCCGCCCGCUCAGUCUGAGUCUCCUCGAGCUCCCUCUUUCGGUUGCCCUCUCCCGCGCCACCAGGCCCCUACCCGCCACCGAGGCCCAGCGCUGCGCAUUCCCGCCCGAGGGCCCCGCGCAGGGCUCCGAGGAGCGCGAGACUCGGCGCUCCCGCGCGAGGCCCUCCCCUCGCCCCCGCCCCCGCCCGUCCGGUCGGCGGAUCCCCCGGCGCGGCGGGCCGAGGCUGCAGCGGGCUUCGGCUCGGGAACCGAAGGCUUGCGGGUGUCCUUUCCUCUCCUCUGGACUGCGAGCGGUACUUCCUCAAGCUUCUGUGGCCUUUCCCUCUCCCGACCCAGAGUGUCGUCUCCCGUGCACGCUGGAGGCUCCUGCCUCCGAGGCUACCUGCCGCCCAAGUCCGCAGAAACGGCCGCACAGACCGCAGACACACCGAGACGAGGAGGGUACUCCAUUGUGUCCCGGAUUCCGGAACUGCCGCUGUUUGGUAGGAAAGACCAAAAGCAAAUGGUAAACGAGAGAAGACACACGUGCAUAUACAGAAUAAAAGCAACACCAGGAAGGCCGGACUGACAGGCUGUCUGGCUCAGGAUUCACAUAGGCUCUGCUACAGCCCCACCAGCCUAGACUCCUCAGCCAGCACAGAAACCUGGUUCCCUCCAUGACAGCCUCAGGACCCAGCUGAAGGCCCUGCUCCGUCUGGCUCCCGGAUCCACUCUGUGGGGAGAGGAGAUCUCACGGCGGUAAGGUGCCCUUUCCCGCAAACAGCUGGGCCCUUGGCCGAACUCGGCUGCUGCCCUCCUCACCCUGCAUGGGGGGCAAGCCUGGUUGUAGAGAGUGAACCCAGAACACUGAGGAGGGCUCCCUUCGGAGUGCUACCAUUCCGUCCAGCCCCUCGGCCAGAAACUGAGCGUGGAGAUUCAAAACGCUUCGUGGGAGAUAGAAAAAGGUGCUUUCCGUUCAAUCCUCAUUUUGGCCAAUGAGAAUCUGGGGAGAGAAGAGACCUCCGGAGGCCCGAUUCGGGCAGCACGUCUGGGAAAUCGUGCAUAUCCUGCCUCUACCAAGCCAGUCAUGAAAUUCAAGGGCCAUAAGGAGUGGAAAGGCCUCCUGGAGCUCCUCUUCAGGGGAAAAAGAAACUUAAUUCAGAGUUUUCUUUAGCGUCUGUUAGUGUGAACUUUCUCUCUCAAUCUUGGGUUAUGAGGCCCGAGGAGAGGAGUGAACUGAACUCCAGGUCUCCAUAGAUGCUUUCAGAUUCCACGGGCAAUGCUCAG